AUGACUUUGGUGAUUGAAGACCGCAUGAAUACCAUUUUCAGACAUACAAUCCAGCUUUCGUCCCGAGCCAAGUUAGAAAAAAUUCGCAACUUUGCCCUUCUGGAUGCUUUGCGACAAAGCGAAUUAUACGAGCAUCAAAUUGUAAGUCAAACAAAGAAAUCAAUAGCCACGUCUGAGUAUAUCAACAAGUGCCCAAAGUGUAGGGAAGGUGAGAAAGAGAUAGAGACGAUGAAGAAGCAGGUCGUUUCAAAUCAGCACACAUUUGCAAUUCUCCGAGCAAAUUUGUUAGUUCUCCUGGAAGAGUUUACCAGGUGUGUGGAAGGUGUUUCAUUCCGAGAAGAAGAUUGGGAGGUAGAGCUCAAUGAGCUGAAGAAAACUCAGAGAAAAAUUCUUGAUCAUCAAGACACCAUCGAUCUGGUAUUGAAGACCAAGAACUUAGCACAAAGGAUCAUCAAAGAAAGGCUGGAGAGAUCUCCUAUAAACAAGACUGGAUUGUCUGGUGGGGAAACGUCAUCGACGCAGAAGGAGCUUCGAAGAUUGGAAUCAAGUCUUUUCAUCAUGCAAGAACAGAAGCUAUCAAUUGAGAGAGGAAUUGUUGAAGUAGAACACGAGUUGCUUGAGGCAAAAAUAUCCUUAUUAGAAGCUCAGAACAAUUUGAGAGACAAUAGGGUUCAGCACAGCUUGUACCAAAAACGGAUGUCUGAAUUACAGCUUAAAGCAGAGCAAGAUGCAAUCAAAUUUCAGAACAAGGAACUUGAAAUAUCCAACCUGAAGAAAUAUCAGUCUGAUCUCGAAGAAAUUCUAAAUCAAAUACCGUUGGGAUCUGCUUCCCCAGAUACAGAAAGACUUCAAAAGAGACUCAACUUGAACGAACGAAAGUUGAAGGAUGCAAGAAUAGAGAUCGAACGAUUGGAAGAAUCGCGUGAGAUCUAUGAGGAACAAUCAAGGCUUAAAUUUGAGGGAAUGGCUGCCACAGUAGCUGUCCUACAUGACGAGCUGAACCAUCUCUCUUCCAAGUUUAUGGAUUGUGAACGAUCGCUUUCACAAGAAUCACACAGGAGGAGACAGUUAGAAGUCUUGUAUGCUGGCUCUCAAGCCUGCCAGAAAAACCUUUUGAGGGGUUCUCGUGACGUGAAUGACAGAAACUCAACUUCGAUUAUUGCGUCAACAGAAAUAUUGAGAGAUCGCAGUAGAGUCAGUCCGCAGCGACAAGAGCGAAUCAAUGACAUAGGCUCUGUCCAGAAACAAUUGAACAAUUGUUGGCAUGAAGAGAUUGUGCAGUCACGUGUGCAAAGGGAAGGUAUGUGGAAGCGAAUCAAUGAUUCAUUGUAUUCUAACGAAAACAUGCAUUUAUAUGCGAGUGACACUGAAAGCAAUCUCAGCCUUCCGAGCACUUACGAUAUAAGCAGCACGAACAUUUACGUGCCUGAUUCCAGAAACUUUCAAGGGGCAACGAAAGAAGUGCAAGUGCACAGUGCGAGUCCGACAGCAUUAGCUGAACAAAUUGAAUUUUUCCCUCCCCAGGGCCAACAAGGGACUAUGAUGCACUACUUACAGGCUAGGGGCAGAGAAUCCUGA